UUUUCUUCUUUUCUUUCUCUUCUUUGUGUGUGUGUUAGAUAGGAUCUAGAGUAUAUAGCAUUAAUGGAGAUCAUAGCUUUGGUAGGGUUUUUAUGCAUUAAGAAAAAUUGCCAGGUCAGAGCCGUCUUUUUCUUUUCUCGAGUGGUUAGGUGAAUAUCUCCACCCACUUAAGGUGCCUUUUUAUUUCUAAGCGAGAUUGUAUUCUGUUUUGUAUUAACGUUUAUUUUUGGAAGUAUUUUGUCAUCUGCUUUUUUUGUUGGAAUCACCUAUUGUUAACUGUUUAUUUUCUUGGCAAAAUAAAAAGAUAUAUAAAAAAAAAAAAAAAAAAGAGGUUAAGCAGAACCAUUAUUUAUUAUUAUUUGUCUAAACCAUUUAAUAUACUUUUUACAGACACGGCCAGAGCACUGAGAGAUAUCAGGUAUUGAUGUAACUGGAGUGAAUAAGGGAACCUUCUUCCUGAGCACCGACAUUGGAGUCUGAUAUCAGCAUGCACUCAUAUGUGUUAGACAAACACGUCAAUAGUUCAUAUCCAUCCUUCACUACAGCAAGCAUCAGAAUGAUACCGCAAACUCCAAUAGUCUUACACACUAAUGACUAUUCACAAACAUUGGGGAUAUCACAGCAGAUAUUUAAAGGAGAUAGUGAAUUGGCAGGAACUGGAAAGCAAUCACUAUGUACAGAGAGUAAUUUAGUCAUCAAACAAGAGGACAACAUUUAUGACUUAUCUAGUGAAAUUAUUAUCCCUGAGGAUAAACCACACAUAUUUACUUUGUUUUCAAAGCCUAUUAAAGAAGAGAAAAGUCUACAGUCUAGCCAAAUAAUUCAUACAAAGGAACAACCUUUCCAAAGUACAGAAUGUGAGAAAAGCUUUAGAUGGAAGUCUCAUCUACUAGAACAUCACAAAAUUCACACAGGUGAGAAACCACACACGUGUACAGAGUGCGGCAAAUGUUUUACACGAAUAAAUCAUCUGAAAAGUCAUAAAAAUAUUCACACAGGAGAAAAUCCUUUCACAUGUACAGAGUGUGGAAAACAUUUUACGCAAAAGAGUGAUCUGAAAAAGCAUGAAAGGAUUCACACAGGGGAAACGCCGUUCACAUGUACAGAGUGUGGAAAAAGUUUUACACGAAUGGAUUAUCUGAAAAGUCAUGAAAAGAUUCACACAGGGGAAAAGCCUUUCACAUGUACAGAGUGUGGAAAACAUUUUACGCAAAAGAGUGAUCUGAAAAAGCAUGAAAAGAUUCACACAGGGGAAAUGCCGUUCACAUGUACAGAGUGUGGAAAAAGUUUUACACGAAUGGAUUGUCUGAAAAGUCAUGAAAAGAUUCACACAGGGGAAAAGCCUUUCACAUGUACAGAGUGUGGAAAAAGCUUUGCAGAAAAGAGUAGUCUGAAAACUCAUGAAAGGAUUCACACAGGAGAAAAGCCUUUCACAUGUACAGAGUGUGGAAAAAGUUUUACAAAAAAGAGUAAUCUGAAAACUCAUGAAAGGAUUCACACAGGAGAAAAGCCGUUCACAUGUACGGAGUGUGGGAAAAGUUUUACACAAAUUAGUAAUCUGGAAAUGCAUGAAAGGAUUCACACAGGGGAAAAGCCUUUCACAUGUACAGAGUGUGGAAAAAGUUUUACACGAAUCAAUCAUCUGAAAACUCAUGAAAGGAUUCACACAGGAGAAAAGCCGUUCACAUGUAUAGAGUGUGGAAAAAGUUUCUCUGACUCAUGUCAUUGGCUGUAUCACAAAAAGACCCACACAGGGGAGAAACCUUUCACAUGUAAUGAGUGUGGUAAAAGUUUUACACAAAAGAGUGAUCUGAAAACUCAUGAAAGGAAUCACACAGGAGAAAAACCGUUCACAUGUACAGAGUGUGGAAAACGUUUUACACAAAAUAGUAGUCUGAAAAAUCAUGAAAGGAUUCACACAGGAGAAAAGCCUUUCACAUGUACAGAGUGUGGAAAAAGUUUUACAUGUAAGAAUCAUCUGAAAACUCAUGAAAGGAUUCACGCAGGAGAAAAGCUGUUCACAUGUACAGAGUGUGGAAAAAGUUUUACACAAAUGGAUAAUCUGACAACUCAUGAAAGGAUUCACACAGGGGAGAAACCUUUCACAUGUACAGAGUGUGGAAAAUUUUUUACACAUAAUAGUAGUCUGAAAAAUCAUGAAAGGAUUCACACAGGAAAAAAGCCUUUCACAUGUACAGAGUGUGGAAAAAGUUUUACAUGUAAGAGUCAUCUGAAAACUCAUGAAAGGAUUCAAACAGGGGAGAAACCUUUCACAUGUACAGAGUGUGGAAAAAGUUUUACACAUAAUAGUAGUCUGAAAAAUCAUGAAAGGAUUCACACAGGAAAAAAGCCUUUUACAUGUACAGAGUGUGGAAAAAGGUUUGCAUGUAAGAGUCAUCUGAAAACUCAUGAAAGGAUUCACGCAGGAGAAAAGCCUUUCACAUGUACAGAGUGUGGAAAAAGUUUUACAUGUAAGAGUCAUCUGAAAAAUCAUGAAAGGAUUCACACAGGAGAAAAGCCUUUCACAUGUGACGCAUGUGGAAAAAGUUUUACACGAAUGGAUAAUCUGAAAAUUCAUGAAAGGAGUCACACAGGAGAAAAGCCUUUCACAUGUACAGAGUGUGGAGAAGGUUUUAGAAGAAUGGAUAAUCUGAAAACUCAUGAAAGGAUUCACACAGGAGAAAAGCCUUUCACAUGUACAGAGUGUGGAAAAAGUUUUACACGAAUGCAUAAUAUGAAAAUUCAUGAAAGAAGUCACACAGGAGAAAAGCCUUUCACAUGUUCAGAGUGUGGAGAAUGUUUUACACGAAUGGAUAAUAUGAAAAUUCAUGAAAGGAUUCACACAGGAGAAAAAGCUUUCACAUGUACAGAGUGUGGAAAAAGUUUUACACGAAUGGAUAAUCUGAAAAUUCAUGAAAGGAGUCACACAGGAGAAAAGCCUUUCACAUGUACAGAGUGUGGAGAAGGUUUUAGAAGAAUGGAUAAUCUGAAAACUCAUAAAAAAAUUCACACAGGAGAAAAGCCUUUCAGAUGUACAGAGUGCGGAAAAAGUUUUAUAGAAAAGAGUAGUCUGAACAUUCAUGAACGGAGUCACACAGGAGAAAAACCUUUCACAUGUGCAGAGUGUGGAAAAAGUUUUACAUAUAGAAGUACUCUGAAAACUCAUGAAAGGAUUCACACAGGAGAGAAACCUUUCACAUGUACAAAGUGCGGAAAAAGUUUUACAUAUAUAAGUACUCUGAAAAAUCAUGAAAGGAUUCACACAGGAGAAAAAGCUUUCACAUGUACAGAGUGCGGAAAAAGUUUUACAGAGAAAAGUAGUCUGAAAAUUCACGAAAGGAGUCACACAGGGGAAAAACCUUUCACAUGUACAGAGUGUGGAAAAUAUUUUACACAAAAGAGUAAUCUGAGAAAGCAUGAAAGGAUUCACAAGGGAAGAAACCUUUCACACCAAAUAUUUACACACAAAUAAACUUUAUAAACACAGUGUACAACCUUUUUACAAUUAUCUAAAGAGGACAAACUCUCUAAAUAGAAGCAUCUUUUAUUGUUAAUAAUACUUUCUAAAUCCCAGUUAUAAAAUCCUCAGAUUGGAAGUGCUCUCCUGCUGUCCUUUGUUCAUCUAUAUAUGUGGACCUCAGUUUCUCUCAUAUAAAUGUGAUAGAAUCCAAACACCACACAGGAAUAUACAGAUCUGUCCUCAUACUGCCCAGUUUACACAACCGUUCAGCAUCAAAGCACCCCCAGUGUUGUUUAUUAAUAUGCCAGUGUUAGGAGUUGUACAUUUGAUUUAUAUAGAGGAGAAAAUAAUUACAUUUACAGAAUAAAGGAGUCUUUAUAUGAAUAGAGUGUUAGACAAUUAUAUAAACAAGAACAUCAGUCCCAAAUGAUUGACAUCUGGGAGAUAUAUUUAAUGUGCACAUCAUGUGGAUAAACCUUUUCUUAUAGCAAUAGCUACUUAGCAUUGUACAUGUUAUAUACCAGAGGAAUUACUGAGGGGAAACUGAUUUUAUUUCAUGAAACACAAUAUCAGUAACCUGUACAUACAUGAUCAUAAUCAGUUUAAUUUAAAUGGCUACUAUAACCUACAUGUAUACUGGGUAUGUAAUAUGUGUGUUAUGUUCUGUAACUUGAUAUUAUGUCUGUUAGAUGUUUUCAUGUUAGUUAGAAGCCACAAGAACUGAUAAUAGCACACACUGUAUAUAUAAAGGGAACAUUAUAUGUCUGAUGAAUCCCUUUGUAUCAAGAGCACAAGUGUUAGGUAUAUUUAUACCAUUGUGUGCAUAUAUCAUGUAAUGCUGCUUUUUACUAUAUAAUGAGAUACAAUAUUUUUUUCAAGCAAAUAAAAAGUGAUUGUAAUCCAGA